CUAGGGGUUUCAUUUUCAACUCUCACAAAAGGAAGAGAGUCCCUGCGAUCUCCUGGAGAACCCAGAUUUUCCAGAGGAGAGAUUCACCUGCUGAGGGAACCAAGACCAUGAGGAUUUUCUCGGUUUUGCUCUGGAUUCUUUUCCCAGGCUGCUGGGCGGUGACGGGCCCCGGGGCAGUGCGCGGCCCCCCGGGCGGGUCGGUGGCUGUGCAGUGCCGGUACCGGGCGGGCUAUGAGGAUUAUCCGAAGUUCUGGUGCUGGGAAGGAGGCUUGUUCUGUUCCAACUGGUUUCACGUCAUUCAGACCGACGGGUCGGAGGCGGAGGUGACGCGGGGCAGAGUCUCCAUCCGAGACAAUCGCACCCAGCGCGUGUUCACCGUGACCGUGGGGAACCUGACACCGGCAGACGCCGGGACGUACCUCUGCGGGGUACAGAGGUCUGGGUUUGAGCUCAGGGACACUGUGGAACUCACCGUCUCCCCAGCUAAUUCUUCCCCAAACCCGACUGCAAGGACACCACAAGCAAAAAAGCAGCCAGAUUCGCCUGCACGAUUCCAACCCAUCAUCCUCUGUUUCCUGCUCCUGGGCUUAUCGAAGGGUCUCCUCUUGCUGUGCAUAGUCUCUGCUGGGAUCUGGAUGAGCGUACGCUACAGGAGAAGCCACAGGGAGAUGGUGCCAGACAGACAAGCUCAUAAACGGCCUCUGUGCUAGCUCUUAGAAACGGAUCAGAACCAGCAGGAGGAGGAUUCAUUUUCAAGCUUUGCGCAAAGUAUCCCACACCAAAGGCCUGAUUUUCUUACUUCAAGUGAAGCUAUUUCACUCACGUUCUCAGAGGAUGAAGUCUGCUGGAGGUGUCUGUCUCUAUGUUUCCCAGGCCAGGGUAUCUAGGUUCUUAUCAGAGUGUUGGAGAGCCCAGGGCCAAAUUCAUACCUGGUGUAAGCAAGUGUAACUCCACUGAAGUCCCAGAGCCAAACGCAGGGUCAGAGUCAGCAGUGGCAGAGGCGGCCCCUGCAUCAGCUGGGCUCUAAAUAGUCACAGUGACCUCAG